UAAUAUUUUAAAAUUUUAAAGGCAUAGAUAGGAAGAUAAAACCGGGAAUUUGUAGAUACGGAUGCAGAGAUACUAUGCAAUGAAUGGUGUUUCGGUCCCUUGUAGAAGACUUUAGACUGUGGUGUUGAAAGCUGACGUCUACAUUUCAGUAUUCAUUAGGGAUGGUUUAUUAUCAAUAAAAGUACUAUGCAAGUAAGGAAAUUAAUUUUCUUUUUAAUAAGAAGAACAAUAAUAAAAUUCUUCUUCGGUUUAUGUUCUAAUUUAUUUCAUAUUAUCAACGGAAACAUUACACACAAGGAAGUACUUUCGAACUUGAUUUAUUGCUGAAUCUAUGAAAAAACAGGAUACACGAUAAGUCGGAGUGUCAUUAACGAGAGUCGGUAAUAUCUGAAGUUGAUAUUGCAUAAUUAUGGAAAUAAGCCUCGAACUGUCUUGAAAUUGUGACGUUUUUCGUUUUAUUUUUGGUUGCUUCUCUCUGCUUCAGAUAGUAUUAUGGAUUUUUACAACUUAACGUAAGUUCCAUUGACAGACUUAAUCUCAAAUAUUCCAAAAAGAUUGAAAUAUAUGGCCACGAACACAGCACAAGACGCCGUUCGAUGCAGCUUGUGCACGGAGGUCGUCGUCUUUCUAUGCGGCAGUUGUCAUGUUAACCUUUGCGGGCAGUGUUUACCGACCCAUCUAGACAAAAACAAAUCUUUGAAGCAUGAAAUUCUUUCAUACACCUCAGAGUCUGUCCAAUCGAAACCACAGGCACCGGAAUGCCAGGACCAUCCUGGAGAAUCUCGAAAGCUUUACUGUCAGGACUGCAACGUCCCAAUAUGUUCGCAGUGCCUGAUCAUGACGGGGAAUCACAAUCGACAUGGGGCAGUGAAAUUGGCGGAUUUCUGGGAAAAAACCCGGAACAUAAUCAUGGAAGAUUUGAUAGAAUUGCAUCAUUUUGAAAAAGAGUAUUCAAUGAUUGUCAAAGACCGGGAGAAUAAAAUUAAGAAGUACACCGAGCACAGUAAUCAAGAAAAGAUUUUGUUAAAAAAACGAGGACAAGAGUUGUACCAAAUCCUCACUAAAGCAAUAGAAACAAUUGAACACGAGCUGACUGAUAUGGUGAAAGAAGAUCUUCAAAUUUUACAAAACGAUAAAGACAAAGUGCAGCAUUCAUAUCAAGUAAUAAAAGACUGCAUUGAACGAAACGAACAUAUCUUGAAUGAAGAAAACUCCUUUAAAAUGCUUGAGUACAAAUCAAUCGUAGAAGAGUUACGGCUUGUACCAUCUAUGAAAGACAUAAGUCCACCAAAACUGAUAUUGCCAGACGUGAAAAAAGAAGAAAUCAUUAAACAAGUUGUGUCUCUCCAGUCAUCUGUACACUCCACUCUUCCAGGUUUUACCAUAAGUAAAACGGGCGAUGUUACGAUGGUUUCAACACUAACGAUGAUGGAAGAGCCAACUCUUCUUGCAGUUCUUUUAACGCACUGUACAAAAUUAAAAGGAAUCUGCUGCGAGUCUAAGGAAAAGGUUUGGAUUUAUGGAGAUGACGAAAAGAUUAAACAGCUUGACAGAUCGGGUAAUGCGUUAAAUUCCUUCAAUGCCGCAUCUGGAACCAGUCAGAAAGAUAUUGCGAUGAAUAGUGAUGGCAAUAUAGCAUUUUCUCACAAAGAGGAUGCAUGCAUUUAUUUAGUAAAGAAGACUAAGAUCGAGAAGUUCGUCGAUGUAUCCUGCUGGAUACCCUAUGGUCUCUGCUUUAAUUCAGACGGAGAUUUAAUGGUCUGCAUGAGACGGAAUGAUUAUACAGAAAGCAAAGUGGGUGUGUUUGCCGAUGGUAAAUUGAAACAACAAUUUCAAUUCGACGAUAUUAGGAAACCAUUAUUUUCAAUAAGCCGGAACAGCAUGUAUAUCUGUGAAAACGGAAAUGGCGACAUCUGUGUUUCUGACUGGAACGCAUGCGCAGUGAUAGUGAUGAAAAAAUCCGGAGAAUAUCGCUUCCGUUACACCGGGUGUCUAUCGCGCAGCUUUAAAGAGUUCUAUCCUCACGGUAUUGCAACUGACAGUAGCUGUCGUAUUCUGAUCGCAGAUCGAGAUAAUAACUGUGUUCAUGUAACCGACAGAAACGGAAAGUUCGUCCGGUAUAUCACGUGUGGUUUGCAGGAUCCGUUUGUUUUGAGCUUGGAUACAGAGGAAAACCUUUGGGUUGGAGAAUGCGACACUGCCUGCAUCAAAAUCAUCAAGUAUCUUGAGUGACUUGAC